AUAUUAUGAUCAACGCAUUCAAGCCAUUUAUGGCGACAAUCUCGCUGUCGUUUUCCCAAGCACCAGCUGCUCACGUGCACACGGUCGAGUCUUUGACACGUGACGUUGAUAUUAAGCCGCUUCACAGCCAUAACGACUACUGGAGGCAACAGCCACUCUUUGAUGCCUUAGCCCAUGGGUGUCGCAGCAUCGAAAGCGACAUCUGGAAAUUCAAACAAAACUAUCAGGUAACCACCGCCAUCGCAACCACAACCUUCUACCAUGAUGAAGCGUACGUGGGCCACAACCAGGUGUUUCUCAGAAACAACCUCACCCUUAACUCUUUGUAUUUGGACCCACUUUUUGAAUUUCUUCAAUCCACAAACCCCCAGAUCUCCAAUAUUGACCCCGAUGUGAAACACGGCGUGUUCUUCAACUCGCCCGAGACCCUGUUGUAUCUCUGGAUGGAUAUAAAAUUGGACGCCAACGACACUUUUGAAUAUUUGCAACCGCAGCUCCAGAGGUUUAUUGACCAGGACUAUUUGAGUUACUACGAUUCCCAGCUGGAUACGUUUGUGGAGAGGCCGUUGACAGUGAUACUUACGGGAAACCUUCCUUCGGCGCUUGUCAAGGCCCAACCAAAGGUGUACACAUUUUUGGAUGCUCCUUUGAAAGACUUCAAAUCAAUGAGCAAUUCUCAGAUGGUGGAGGUUUCGAAGUUUUCCAAAGUGGCAUCUGCGUCCAUGACACAGCUCUUGGGAAAUGAAGAGUUCCAAACAAGACCUUUUUCGCACGAAGAGCUGGUGAGUCUUGCCAGGUUCAUUAACAUUGCUCACAAGUAUGGCAUGAAGACUCGGAUCUGGGGAGGUGUGGACUGGCCCAAGUCAUUGGUGUACAAGCACAAUAUGGCGUUGAUUCAGAUGGGAUGUGACUUGGUGAACGUGAACGAUUUGGAGUUUGGCAGUGAGUUGGUGGGGAUAUAGAUGAUUGUGGCUGCAAAUUUACAUUAGAUGAGUGAUUAUAUAUAUAUAUAUAAACUAGAGAGAUAAACCUAG